AUGGCUGAUUCUAGCCGCAAGCGGUCGCGCUCUCCUUCUGACAGUGAACAGCAGAAAACCUCCAAGCGACCCAACACUGGCGCACCAUCCAACUCGCAUGACUCCCCACCCGGCCACUCGACGGGCUCGAAUCCACCGCCUGCAGAUAUGACCAGCACUGAAAAACCAGCUUCUCCAGGCUCGACCCACUCGAAUGAUGCCAAACAACAAAGCUCAGCAGAUAGCCAAGCACCCGCGCCUUCGCCCAUGAUUCAUAUGCGCUGCCUUAUUGUCACGCAGGACGCCUCUAUCAUCAUCGGCAAGGGCGGGUCGCACGUCAACGAAAUCCGGGAGAAGAGUGGUGCUCGCGUCAUGGUCUCUGAAAGUAUCCCAGGCAACCCAGAACGAAUCUUGAAUGUUAGCGGUCCUCUCGACGCUGUUUCCAAGGCAUGUUUUGCUUCUGGUCUUAUUGUCUGCUUAUGCAAGCCAGGCAUUUGGCCUUAUUUUCCUGGUAGUCGUGCGGUGACUAUCAAGUUUAUGAUUCCCAACUCUCGCAUGGGCUCUGUAAUUGGCAAACAGGGCUCCAAAAUCAAAGAGAUUCAGGACGCAAGCGGUGCAAGACUCAAUGCUAGUGAGGGAAUGCUUCCAGGGUCGACUGAGCGUGUUCUGAGUGUUGCUGGAGUUGCUGAUGCUAUUCACAUCGCGACAUACUACAUUGGCACGAUUCUCAUUGAAGCCCAGGAGCGCAUGCCUUCUUCUGCGACUUCCACUUACCGUCCGUCAUCAAACUCUCGUCGCCCCGCGCCUCAAUCGUACCCCCCUUCUUCCUACACCGGCUCGACAUACGUUCCAGGAUAUUCUAAUCCAUAUGCCCCACCACCUCCGCAACAGCACAACCCCGUUCCCCAGCAGCAUCAGCAGCAAAUAUAUAUUCCCAACGACCUUGUUGGUUGCAUUAUCGGGAAGGGAGGCAGCAAGAUAAACGAGAUUCGACACAUGAGUGCCAGCACAAUCAAAAUAAUGGAGCCUGGCGCAGUAGCACCUGGAGGAAAUCCUGGCGGAGAAAACGAACGUCUUGUUGUGAUCACUGGGCAACCUGCAAACAUCCAAAUGGCAGUUCAAUUACUUUAUCAUCGACUUGAGCAAGAAAAGCAAAAGCAGCUCCGUGGUCCGUGA